AUGCAAGGUGUUAUUGGUCAAGUGGUGAGUGACAGUCAAUCUGGGUUCAUCCCUGAUAGGCUAAUUUCUGACAACAUCUUACUUGCUACUGAGCUCAUCAAAGGCUAUACCAGAGCACAUCUGUCUCCUAGAUGCAUGCUUAAAAUAGAUUUAAAUAAAGCUUAUGACUCCAUUGAAUGCAGUUUCCUAUACAGUGUCAUGAUUGAGUUGGGUUUUCCUAAAACCUUUGCUGAUUGGGUGUUCACCUGUAUAUCAACUAUUUCUUACAGCAUUUUGAUCAAUGGAAAGCCAAGUGUCCCUUUUAGAGAAAAUAAGCACUUGCAGCAACUGAAACAUCAGCCUGAUUUUAACUUCCAUCCAAAGUGUGAGAAGUUGUCUUUGACUCAUAUGUUGUUUGCAGAUGAUUUGCUCAUGUUCUGCAGAGCUGACUCUAUGUCUAUUGCCUAUCUACUAGAUGCUUUUAACAAGUUUUCUCUUGCCUGA